CGUCUCAGCUCUCCUGACGUCCGACUUUUAGCGUUUAUUCUUAAAGUUUGGGAAUAUGUGCGUGUUUUUACGAAGCAGAAUAUAAGCAUCAAAAACCCGACAGAGGAUCAGUAACGUUUAACACGAGGACACAGUCUGCUGUGACACCUACAAGCUCUAUGCGCCUUCACCUCCGCCUGGAUCCUAAGGAGUCUAGGGCCUUUCAUGGAGUGCUUCCUGAAACCUUCAACAGCCAGGAAGUGAAAGCCAUGGACGUCGCUCCCAUCCCUCCACCUCUGAUUCCUCCUCCGCCUCCCCCUCCUCCUCCUCCUCCACCGCCUCCCCCGGCCCUGGUCAGCCCCGUCAGUCGGCUAGAAUCUGCCAGAAAGCAGCGGCUCCGCAACCUGAACUGGGAGCGCAUCCCUAAGGAGCGCGUGGAGGGGCGCAGGAGCGUGUGGAGCGGCUCGCUGAGCAGCAGCGAGGACGACGACUUCCUCAUCGACCUGCGCUCCUUGGACGAACUUUUCAGUCAAAAGGAGGCGAAGAAAACGGACAAAAGGGAUAUUUACAGGCGCAGCUCGUGCCAGACCAGAUCCCUGCAGGAAGCUGGAGCUGAGAAGGUUUCUCUACUCGAUUCGAAGCGCAGCAUGAACAUCGGGAUUUUCCUGCGACAGUUUAAAACUGCAGCCAAGGAGAUCGUGGAGGAUGUGAGGCGGGGGGCCGGCGAUCGCUACGGAGCCGAGAAGCUAUCCGAGCUCUGCAAGCUGCUGCCCGAUAGAGAAGAGGAAUCAAAGUUAAAGAAGUUCACGGGAGACCAAAGUUCUCUCCGAGAGCCGGACCUCUUCAUGCUCCUACUGGUACAAGUACAAAACGUUCGCCUGCGUCUGGGUGCCAUGAUCCUGCAGCAGGAGUUCGACCCCGCCGUGACCUCUCUGUGUGUGGCGGCCAGAUGUCUGAGGGAGGCAGCGCGAGAGCUGCUGAGCUGCCACAAGCUUCACUGCAUUCUGCGCCUGGUGCUCAAAGCAGGGAACUACAUGAACGCUGGGGGUUACGCAGGGAACGCGGCCGGCUUCAGGAUCGCAUCGCUGCUCAAACUGGCCGACACCAAAGCCAACAAGCCGGGGGUGGACCUGCUGCAUUUCGUCGCCAUGGAGGUCGUGAAGAAGGAUGAGGACCUGCUAACAUUUCCAAGCCAGCUGAGUCACGUCAGUCCCGCCUCGAGGUUAUCGGAGGAGUCCGUGCUGGAGGAUCUGUCGCGCUUACGGAGUCGAGUAGCAGAACUGAGAACCAGCACGCAGACGGAGCCUGAGCUCGAACAGCAGGCGCGGCCCUUUCUGGAGGCGGCCGAGGUAAGACUGAUGGAAGCUCAGGAGGAAGUAGAUCAUCUGCGGCAGACCAGCCAGGCCUUGGUGGAGUUCUUCUGUGAGGAUGAAACCUCCUUUAAGCUGGAGGAAGCUUGUCGCAUCUUCCACUGCUUCUGCCACAGGUUUCAGAAAGCUGUACAGGAGAACUCCGAGCGUGAGCGGCAGGAACAGAGGCGGGUGGAGCGGCAGAGAGAGAACCUGGAGAAGCGCCGCUCUGUGGCGGCCUGUACCAUCUCUCAGCUGGACGACCUGGAGCAGACGCUGGAGAAGAACCUGAGCUACACCUGGAGCCGCCGCAGCCUUCGCCGACACUCGCAGCGUCUGCCCGGCCCGGACAAGAGCCUGGCGUCCCGGCAGCCGCUCGGCUCGGAGCGGCCGGACGUUCAGCAAGUGUUCAGUUUGGAGGAUUACGGGAAGAAUUCUGAGCUCGGUGGACGUUCGGAGAUUAAGGACGGUACGACGCGUGUGCUGAAUGGAAUUGAAAAGGACUCGGCGCAGGAGGAACGUGUUUCGGGAUCGGACGUGGAUGUAGAUAUGUCGAUUGUGCAGUUCAGUGUGGAGAGCCAAGCCGCUGCUGCUGCUGUUAAUAGGUUUGAUUCGAGCAGGGUACACGUUCCUGUGGUAGAAAACGCAACAGAGCAACAAGGAAUGGCGAACGCAUCAACGCACGUGUUAGAGGCUAGAACAGACGUUCACAGUGUUUCUGAAGGAGUAAUGUACGUCGUAGAGGAAGCUGGAAAUCUGGAAAGUACUGAUGCUAAAGCUAACACGCAUGCAACGGACAUUCAGGCUCAUCCUGAGAUCUGGCAGGAGCCCUAUCAUCCUAAAAUCUUCCCUCAGCUGGCACAGGAGGCGGGCUCGGUCAGCCCAAGCAUAGAGCGGGAAUACCCACGCGUGGGCGAGACCCUAGAAUGUCACACUCUGGUGAAGGGCUUGCGCUCAUACGAAGCGCUUUCGCCUACAGGGCAGCGUCCAGCGCCGAGCCCCUGCUCCAAAUGGAAAAAGGAACUGGACGUGGUGGAGCGAGACGGCGCGGCCUCGUCUCAAUCCAAGGAAGACCAGCGCACUCUCAAAACACCCACCCGAGUUACCUCGAAACGGGCACUGGCACCCAGAAACGGAGCCUCGAACAGCCCCGGCGUCCUGAAAGCACGACCCAAACCGGAGCCGGGUCCGCCCGACGGAGCGUCCACCCCCCGAUCGUCACGCGUGACCCCUCCGCGGUCCUCGUCCGUGCGCGUUUCUCCAUGCGCGCGGCCCAGCAGCGUACAGGCCGAACUGAAGCGCAGCAUCAGCACGAAGGAUAAAACCAGCGACCCGCUGAUCAAGCAGAACCGCCGACCAGCUGAAAAGUCCAGCCCAGAAAAGGACAAAACGUUUUCCGCUCACGAGCCGUUCGUCCGGGGGUCGCCGUUACGGGUAACGAAGCGGGUCGCGCCGCAGUCGGAGACGCAGAGUCCCUGUCAGGGACGGACAAUCAGCAGCCCGACCUCCGCUACGACCCCAAAAACGAUCCGUACCGCGGUGAUAAACGCGGCUAAAGCCAAAAAGAGCGCGGACGCAGCGCCCUCUAAGGUAGCGGGGACGAGGGGCGCGGCACCUAAGAUGCCACGAGCUGCCGCACAACCAAUGUGGAGAUGAUAUUCGAUCCCCCUCAUUUCAGCCAUUCAAAAUGGUACUGCAUUUGUUUGUGCUGCACAGAUUUGUAAAACCGGGUUUGAUCCAUGUGUGUUACUGUGUGGAGUGUAGCACGUCCAGCCAGGUUUCCUCAGGGUGUUCAGAACCCCCUAACCUCCCAAAAACAUGCCACGGCUGCUAUACUCGCCCCUAGGUUUGCAUGAGCGAGGGUACAAUGCCCUGUUACAGACAAGAGUGUGCAUUUCUAGCCCCUGACCACCACUGGAUCAGUUUCGGAUGAUUCUGAUGAUCAUUAUUUAUGGUUCGAGAUCACACACACCUAGGACGAGAUACACAAUCCACUUACUGGCUUGUUCAGCGCUAACCUGUGAAUUUAUGCCACUUCUCAGCAAUGUCUUACAUCUACACAGUAUAAAAAUCAUUCAUGCUUCAUCUGUACUGUUACUGAUACAGUUCAGGAACCGAUGAUGGACGGUUCUGGUUCUGGUGCUCAUGUUCCUUUGUCUGUGUUCAGGAUUUUAGAUACAGCAAAGGGUUCAGAACUUCUUCUAGUCCGCUAACUUGACUUCACAUCAACUCUUAAUCGUCACUGUAGUCCUCUCGCUCUGUCUUUACGUAAAUGCCAUUCAAUAAAGGAGCCAUUCAUUCUUUUUUUUUUUUGGGGUAGGGCCUGAGACGGGGGCAUGAAAGGAUAAUCACUCCUCUCAGAGUCUUCCACCCAGAGUCCCAAAGUCAUUUGUUCUCAGUUCUCGAGUUUGACACGGCUAUUUGAUGCAGCUUUGACUUUAGCUUAGCUUGGCGCACUACCUCUGGACACAGGCGGGCUCUGUGCAGGCUGCAGAGCACCUCUGAUCGGAUCGGAUCGGAUCCCGAAACGACUCGUUUUAGACCAGGGCGCUUUGGUCAUUCUUGGCUUUGUUGUGCUUAAUAUAUGAUCAUUAUGUGUGUGUGCUUUAGCUUUCAGCGUUUCACGUGACAUUGAGUAAAAAUGUUGAUAACGUAGAUCGAGACACGGCUCGGAAAUCUGAGUACGUUUUUUUUUAAAUACACGACUCUGUGGGGCUCAUUCCCUCAAAAAUAGUCUUAAAACCAGGUCAGAGCGACUCUGUAGGUCGUUAUGAAUGAAUGAAAUCUUAUCUAAGACUCUUUAAAGGUUUAUAUUUAUCGGUCUUAAUUAAAAGUCCCAAAGCUGCAUGAGAGAAAUCGCCAUGUCUUGAGUUACUGCCCUCUGUAGGACGGAGGUCUGAUCAGUAGCCGCCAUUUGUCGGUACGGGGUGUGGGGCUUUCCCCCCUUUUUUUUUUUACUUGUUGAUUUAUCUCAACCUGAUGCACUUUAAGAGAGCUGAGAGAGAUUAUUACUGGCUGAUGGCUGGAAUUAUUUUUUUUUGUGUUGAAAUGUUAACGCAUUUGUAAAUGUCAGUUGUAAAGUUUGUAUUUGUAAAUGUUAAAUAAAAUAAAGAUAAAAAUGUUGUAAAUCUGA